AUGACCAAGAAUCCGGUCAACUAUGGACGAGACAAGCAAAUCGAUAUCAAGUACCGUCACAUCCGCGAUGAAGUCAAGCGCGAUGAAGUGAAGCUCGAGUACUGCGAGACGACGGUGAUGUUGGCGGACACCAUGACCAAGGGACUUCACGGACCUCGUCACAAGGACUUGACGGCGACGCUCGGCAUCCGUGCGCGUUCGGAUUGA